GGAGUCAUGGACCGCGAGGCUGGGCGACCUUAUACCCCGAGUGUGCGGCCAAAAACCAGUCCCCCGUGGACGUAGUAGACGAGAAGUCUCUGCCUUCAGACGAGUACCUGGAGCUGGUCAUGGACCGAUUCAACGUCGACUCCUCCAACCAGACGACUAUGAAGAACACCGGAAAGACAGUCGCUGUGCUCCUGAAGGAUGACUAUUUUGUGAGAGGAGCGGGACUGCCGGGGCGUUUUAAAGCCGAGAAGAUGGAGUUUCACUGGGGCCAGAGUAGUGGAUCAGCAGGCUCCGAACACAGCAUAAAUGGCAAAAGGUUCCCUGUAGAGAUGCAGAUCUACCUUUACAAUUCAGACGACUUUGACAGCCUCACUGCUGCCAUCAAGGAGAGACGCAUCAUCGCUGCCAUGGCUGUCUUCUUUGAGCUCGGACAAAAAGACAACCCGGCUGUGGAACCAAUCAUCCAGGGAUUGAAAGGAGUGGUGCAUCAUGAAAAGGAAACCUACCUCAGGCCGUUCAUCUUGAGGGAUCUGCUGCCGUCGUCCGUGGACAGCUAUUACCGAUACACCGGCUCUUUGACCACUCCCCCCUGCAGCAAGGUAGUGGAGUGGAUCAUCUUCUCCCGGCCGGUGUAUCUGUCCCACUCACAGCUGGAAGCGUUUUACUCCAUCUUCACGACGGAGCAGCAGGACCACGUCAAGUCUGUGGAGUAUCUGAGGAACAACUUCCGACCUCUGCAGGAGCUGGGCGAAAGGAAGGUCUUUAGGUCGGCCGUGAAGGAUGCGUGGCAGAAGGAUCUGACCGAGAUCUUGGGAAGCCCGCACAGCACCGAGGCCUCAAGAGUGUGCAGCAGCGCCCCGGUGGGCAUGAAGAUCCAGCCGCUGAACCAGACGGCCCUGAUGGUGAGCUGGGAACGCCCUCUGACAAUCUACCACCCCCCCAUCACCGGCUACAUGGUGUCCUACAGCUGGGUGAAGCGGGACGUCGCGGACGAAAAGACCUUCACCAAAACGGGGGACCAGAGGAUGAAGGCCGUCAUUACGAACGUGUCUCCUGACGUCCUGUACCUGUUCAGAGUGCAGGCGGUGUGUCAGCAUGACCUGCGCAGCGACUUCAGCCAGACGCUGCUGUUCAGAGCAAAUACAACCAGGAUCUUUGAAGGCUCUCGGAUCGUGAAGACCGGAAUGCCCACAAUUUCUCCAGCCUCCUCAGCAGACAUGGCUCCCAUCAGCUCGGGUUCCUCCACCUGGACCUCCUCUGGUAUUCACUUCUCCCUGGUGUCCAUGGCAACUGGAAUGGGUCCUUCCUCGAGUGGCAGCCAGGCCACGGUGGCGUCCGUCGUGACCAGCACCUUGCUGGCCGGUUUGGGUGUCGGCGGAGGGGUCAUUUCCUCCUUGCCGAGCUCUGUCGGACCCACUCAGGCGCCUCCAGCCACUCAGAACCCGACGACCCCGCCCAGGACCGAGCAGAAGACGGACGCCGAGACGGACAAGCCGUCCGAGGACAACAAGGCCACUGAAGAGGAGAAGGAAGAGGGAGAUGAGGGGGAAGGGGAGCAGGAGGAGGAAGAGGACGAGAGGAAGAAGAAGACCAAGAAUUCUCCCGACGUCGUGGAGAAACAAGCGAACAGCACCGUGGCCGAGGAGCCGCUAGUCCCGACUCCUUCCUCCACCGCCAAAGAGAAAGGCACCAAAGUCAUAGAAAACCCAGAGGACGAUCGGAUGAUGAACACCGAGAGGAAACCCACGGAAACCAACGAAGUCUCUACCCAGGGCUUCCAAAACGACACCGCGGAGAUGCAGAUCCCCGAGAGCGCCACGCUUUCUUCAAAGAUCGGCGCCGAUGGGAAGAGUCACUGGCCUUUCUCCGUCUACACCGAUCCGACCGUCUUGGCCAACGUGACUCGGACCCCUCACCCCGGCAUGGGCAGGAUGGUGUGGAUCGUCCCCCUGGUGGUGGUGUCCGCCCUCACGCUGCUGUGCCUCAUCAUGCUGCUGAUCGUGAUGGUUUACUGGAGGAAGUUUUUCCAGACGGCGCAUUUCUAUGUGGAGGAAAGCAGCUCUCCGAGGGUGGUGGCCAAUGACAACAUCCCGAUCAUCCCCAUUCCAGAUGACAUGGAGGCCAUCCCCGUCAAACAGUUUGUUAAGCACUGCAUGGAGCUUUACAAAAACAACAUGCAAGGCUUUGCAGAGGAGUUCGAGGAGGUCCAGCGCUCCACGGCUGACUUGAAAAUCACAGCUGAGCAUUCAAAUCAUCCUGACAACAAGCACAAAAACAGAUACAUCAACAUCGUGGCCUAUGACCACAGCAGGGUGAAGCUACGCGCUCUGGCAGGAAAAGAUGCCAAACACUCGGAUUACAUCAACGCCAACUACGUGGACGGUUAUAAUCAGCCCAGAGCUUACAUCGCGGCUCAGGGGCCCCUCAAGUCCACGUUCGAGGACUUCUGGAGGAUGGUGUGGGAGCAGAACACCGGAAUCAUCGUCAUGAUCACAAACCUGGUGGAGAAAGGAAGAAGGAAAUGCGACCAGUACUGGCCGACGGAGAACAGCGAGCAGUAUGGAAAUGUGGUGGUGAUGCUGAAGAGCACCAAAGUGCAAGCCUGCUACACCGUACGCCAUUUCCUCAUCAGGAACACAAAAGUCAAAAAGUGUCAGAAGGGAAACCCUAAAGUGAAGCUGAACGAGCGCGUGGUGGUCCAGUUUCACUACACUCAGUGGCCUGACAUGGGAGUCCCAGAGUACACGCUGCCCGUCCUCACCUUCAUCAACCGCUCCUCUGCAGCUCGAACGGCGGACAUGGGCCCGGUCCUGGUACACUGCAGUGCUGGGGUCGGCCGCACGGGAACGUACAUCGUCAUCGACAGCAUGCUGCAGCAGAUCAAGGACAAAGGCUCCGUCAGCGUCCUGGAUUUUCUCAAACACAUACGCACACAACGCAACUACCUGGUCCAGACUGAGGAGCAAUACGUUUUCAUCCACGACGCUCUGACGGAGGCCAUCCUCAGCAGAGAGACCGAGGUUCCCGCCUGGCAGCUGCACAGCUACGUCAACAGCAUCCUCACGCCCAACUCCAGCGGCCGCACGCGGCUCCAGAAGCAGUUCAGGCUGCUGACUCAAUGUAACACCCGAUUUGUCGAGUGCUUCAGCGCCUACAAGGACUGCAACAAGGAGAAGAACCGCAAUUCCUCCGUGGUUCCCUCGGAGCGAGCUCGGGUCGGACUCACCACUCUGCAGGGCAUGAAAGGAACAGAUUACAUUAACGCAUCCUACAUAAUGGGCUACUACAGGAGUAAUGAGUUCAUCAUUACCCAGCAUCCUUUGCCCCACACCACCACAGAUUUCUGGAGGAUGAUUUGGGACCACAACGCUCAGAUUAUCGUCAUGCUGCCUGACAACCAGGGCCUGGCGGAAGAUGAAUUUGUUUACUGGCCAAGUCGGGAAGAGGCCAUGAAUUGCAUCGCCUUUACUGUCACUCUCAUCAAUAAGGACAGACUGUGCCUCUCUAACGAGGAGCAGAUCAUCAUCCAUGACUUCAUCUUAGAGGCCACGCAGGACGACUACGUGCUAGAAGUGAGACACUUUCAGUGUCCUAAGUGGCCCAACCCAGACUCCCCCCUCAGCAGCACCUUCGAACUCAUCAGUGUCAUCAAAGAGGAAGCCAUGACGCGAGACGGCCCCACCAUCGUGCACGACGAGUACGGAGCGGUGUCCGCGGGGAUGUUCUGCGCCCUCACCACGCUGUCCCAGCAGCUGGAGAACGAAGGGCUCAUCGACAUCUAUCAGGUGGCUAAGAUGAUGAAUCUCAUGAGGCCGGCAGUCUUCACUGAUAUGGAGCAGUACCAGUACCUUUACAAAGCCAUGCUCAGCCUGGUGGGGAGCCGCGAGUGCAGCCUGAGCCCCGUGCACAUGGACACUAAUGGGGUGGCGGUGAUAGCAGACGAGUCGGAUCCUGCAGAGAGCAUGGAGUCGCUCGUCUGAGGACAUUCCAGCAGGCACUUAAUUUGUAAAAAAAAAAAAGGAAAAAAACUUUUCUGAGGCCUUUUUUGCCAGACUAUUGAUUAAACAAAUAACCUUAUUACUUUUUAUACUGAUAAAGUUUUUUGAUAUUUAUGUUUUUGUCCUUUAUUUCUCGUCUUAAAUGUUCUCCUGCUGAGCAUUUGCACCUGUUUAAGUUGACACGAGGAACAAGCAGCUCUGUCCAGUUUGCACUAUAUUAUCAGUGUUACUGCCUACGACCCGGCGGAACCGGGCUUUUUGGACCGCAUCCAACCCGAAGCAUGAAGACCAGGAGGAGUUACGGCCAAUCCUCACUUAAUGAAAGGAAAACACUUCAUCACGUGGUAACAUCGGCCAGCAUGUCACGAACCGUUUGAGGCCCCGCCCCACAUGAGGGCGGAGCUUGUUUUCACACAGUUGUCCCAGUAUCUCACUGCUGUCCUGUAUCAAAAUGUACUUAUUUCGUCAGUGAGUUACAACUUCUAAUGUGAAUUUUGGUUCUGCUUUUUACAGGGUUUGAUUAUAUGAUCCUCCAUCCGACAUGCAGCUGGCUGUUUUUAUUUACUUUUGCAUAUUAGUCUGCAAACUGAUGUGGAUUCAUGUUUUUUUUGUACGUGUAACUUACGAAUCUGAUUUUUGUUGAGUUGUCCCUCGCUUCUGUUGUUGCUUCUCUAACCUCAGCAGCUCAGCUGUUCAACAUGUACCGACACAAUGCAAUGCCUACAGAAAAAAGGCUUCACUCUACCAAACGUUUUUCAUGUUUUAUUUUGACGCGUUUCGUCCCCGGUCGGAGAGAAUUUGGAUUCGACACUGAUCAGCACUGAAUGAGUUGAUGUCGAGGUGAAAGAAAUGUUGGCUAAUUGUGUUGAAUUGACUCAGAAUGGAGGUUUUUUAAUUGAAUAUUUUUUGACGUUUCUUGAUGUAACUCGACUAUUUUCUUUUACGACACAACCGACUUUUUCCCUUUUUUUUUGUUUGAAAUUUGACAACAGAGGAGGAUCUUCACAGACUGUGCCUGUGAAGAUGCUGUUCAGUGCCUUGAAUAACUUUAUGCUUUUUAGUAAAAACAUUUUAGUCCAAAUUAUUUUCUCAAACGAAUGUCGGACGCUUUUGACUUUAAACGAAGAUUUUUUUUGUGUGUGUAAAAUAAAAGUAAUAAUUUAAAGAGUAUAGUUUCACUUUGACACCUGAAAUCCGCUGAUCAGUGUCUUAAAAAAAAGAACAGACCUGUAAAUAAAUAAAACAUGAAAAAAACCUGCAAGAAGUGAAAACUUUCUAUGAAAACACUGUAGUUUCUUUUUCGUGGGUUGAUGCUUUAUUUGUAACCAAAGAUGUGGUUCCAGUUUGCAACAUGUAAGUGAUUUUGUCCUGAGAUCUAUUUAAUCGAUAAGAAUUAAAAAUCACAAUUGUUAAAAUGUGCAGUACAGAUUUCCAGUGUCAAAGGUGUGAAUUUAACCAAGUUGAGCAUGUUUCUGUUUGAGCCUCAGGAACACACCUUUCCCAAUAAUCUGACUUUGUGAUGCUUUCCUCAUAUUAGAAAGUAAGGUUUCAGAUUCCGACUGUAAAUUGUAUUUUAUUUGCGCUGAUAUUCCUUCUCCACGUUAUUUUGUGACUAUAAUUAUAAUCUCUUUUAAACCCUGAAUGUUGCUCUCUCAUCAUUUAAACUUUAUUUUUACUGGGGGGAAAAGCUCAAAACUUCAUCGAAACUUCAGUGUGGUUGUUGGUGGACAUUCAUUUAUGUGUUUUGGGUUGAAAAAUGCGUAAAUAGUUCAAGUACAGCUGUUUUUAUUCAUUAGUAUUCUGAAUAAUAUUAUACUUUUGUCAUAUUGCCACACUUAUUUAGAAUGACUUUAGAGUGUUUGCUUUAACAUCACACACUGGAAAAAGUAUACUCCCAUUUUUACAUUUUUGUUUUAUUUUUAUUGUUUUCUCACCAUUUGCUUAAUAAAACCCCUGCAGAAAUA